AUGGCUUUCACGCGUCUCGCUGGUAUCAUUGCGAUUGCACUCGCGUCAUCCCAUUCUGCAUACGCCGCCACAACUGGUGCAAAACCAGUUACAUGCUCGACAGGUCAGGUUACCGCUAAUGCCGCCUGCUGUGCUCUGUUCCCUGUCGUCAGCCUGAUGCAGUCUCAGCUGUUCGACAAUGGUGAGUGCGGAGAGGGCGCACACUCCGCCCUUCGUCUGUCUUUCCAUGAUGCUAUUGGCUUUUCCAUUCACGGCGGAAAGGGAGGAGGUGCCGAUGGAUCCAUUCUCCAAUUCGGGGACGUCGAAACUCAGUUUCACGCUAACGGAGGUAUUGAUGAGAUCGUCGACGACCAGACGCCUGUCUGGCAGCAGACCAACUUGACCGCCGGAGACUUCCUACACCUCGCCGCCGCCGUCGGUACAGCGAACUGUCCUGGAGCACCUCGUCUGCAGUUUAUGCUUGGACGCCCUGCGCCAGUUGCUCCCGCUCCUGAUCUCACUAUCCCCGAGCCCACUGACAGUGUUACGUCGAUUUUGGCGCGCUUUGCUGAUGCCGGAUUCUCACCCAGGGAGGCUGUCGCUCUCCUGACCUCUCACACUAUCGCUGCAGCCGAUGUUGUUGAUCCUGCCAUUCCAAGAACUCCCUUUGACUCAACCUCUGCGACUUUUGAUUCUCAAAUCUUCCUUGAGGUCCUCCUCAAGGGCAGACUUUUCCCUGGCCCUAACAACAGCUCGCAACCCGGUGAAGUUCUCUCGCCUCUUGCCGGAGAAAUGCGUCUCCAGAGCGACUUCGUGAUCUCGCAAGACUCCCGCACCGCCUGCUUCUGGCAGCAAAUGAUCAACAACCAGCAACUCAUGAUCUCCCAGUUCAAAGCUGCGAUGGCUAAGCUCCAGCUUCUCGGGCAAAACACCGCCCACCUUAUUGAUUGCUCCGAUGUUGUUCCUAUUCCAAGGUCUUUCACCCAGGCUAUCAAAUACCCUGCCUCGUUCUCGCAGGCCGAUGUGCAGAUUGCCUGCCCCCAACUUCCAUUCCCCAGCCUUGCUACCGUUGCUGGACCCGCACCCACUGUCGCUCCUGUGUAA